AUGUCGCUGCUCCCGAAAUGGCUCGUGCUGUGCGCUGCUGCUGCUCCCCUGUGCGUGGCCGCCACGGAGCAUGCACUGUUGAACCUGAUCCGACAUGGAGAGCGCUUUGCGGACAAGAGCAUCACCCACCUAGCUCCGGCAGGCUAUGACCGUGCGCAAUACAUUGCCCACUGCGUGAGUCCUUCCGCGCCCACCUUAGCCUUCCCCAAGGGGCCUCCCUCGCACCUCUUGGCAGCCAAGCGACAGACCAUUCAUGGGCACAACUCCACGCGACCGAAGGAAACUUUGGAGCCUUUAGCCAAGGCCUUGAAGAUCCCACUGGACAACGAAAUCGAUUUCGAAGACAUCGACGCCUUUGCGCGCUACGUCCAGGCGGUGCCCCAUGGGAGCAGCGUCUUUAUCGCUUGGGAGCACAAGCUCAUUGGCCGGUUGGCGCAAAUGCUGCUCGACCCCCACGACCCCCAAGAACCUCGCGCCACGGGCGGCCGCCAAACGGAUCGGGUGAUGGAACGUGUGUGUUUUUUUUCCGGUUCCUCGACGCGAAUCCCUUGA